AUGAUCACGGAGAUCGCGGCCGCCACUGAGAACUCCUCCGCCUCGGCACCGGUGGCACCGUCCAUGCCGCUGUCCCUUCCGGCGCCGCCACAUUCCCAGCAGUACCAGCAGGCGCCAACGCCACUGCCCGGGGGGGUGCCGAUCACUCAGAUCAGGUUUCCGCCCUCCCCGUCGCCAAUCCCAGGGUUCAGGGCCGUGGCUCCUAUGCUGCUCCCGGCCUCCGCUCACAUGGCCCCAUCACAACUGUACCCCCCGCCGCCAUCGGAAGGGGAGUCUGUCGUUGUGUCGAAGUACCACAAGAUCACCUUCGACACGUACGAUGGCCGCGAUGAUCCCCUGGGGUGGCUCAACAAAUGCGACAAGGUGUGGAUGGCCUCAUAUCACCUGAAGGGAGUCGCCCAGCAGUGGUACCUUGUACUGGAGACCGACAUCGGCCGCCCAUCGUGGCCGGAUUUCCGUCGAUACUGCCUACAGCGCUUCGGCCCUGCCCUCAACACCAACCACCUGGCCAGGCUGCCAUUCGGCGCCAACGUGGACGCAUACAUGGAGGCAUUCCAGGCCAGGGCAGCGCACGCGGAGGAUCUCACCACGCUGCAGCGCGCCAAGCUUUUCACAGGUGGCCUUCCUGACUACAUUCGGGUGGAUGUUGAGCUACACCAGCCCUAG